AUGGUCUCCCCAGCACCAUCAAACUGCACACCUACCAACAGCAGCGCGGUAUACCAACAAGCCAACCAGCUCAAAUACGUCAACCGACAACUCCACAACGAGAUCAAAGCCCUCGCUCUCCACUACAACAAGCUCUCAUUCCACAUCCUCCACUCCACCCGCUCCCCCCUCUGCCUCUGCGCGCUUCCUCUCCGCCUGCGCAACAAAACACCACGCGCAGAUAAGCCCCCUCAACCUCUCGCUCCCAGCAGACAACGCAGCAGCUCUCAGCGCAAGACCGCACCGCAGCCAAGGUCCUCGACACUCUCGCCCUCCCCAACCCCAUUCCCGUUCUCGGAAUUCACUUCCCCGUUCGAACUGCUGCUGAGGAUGUUUGAGGCGCGGCUUGAGGGCGAGUAUCCGCAGCAGAAGGAACACCAGGUUGGUGCCGGCGGAGGAGGAGGAGGUUUCUGA